UUGGCCAUUUGCUUGCUCAUGUUUAUUUAAUUUCGGAAUUCAGGUGUAAAAUUAUUUCUUAGCUUUUUUGACAUUUUGCGGUGUUUGUUGACGUUUGAGCAUGUGUUUGCUUAAGCGCUAAAAGCCAAUUAAAAUUCAGCCCUCGCUUGUAGACCAAAACUGUUUCCAAAGCUCAGAAAGGAGAUGGACGAAGUUGUGUAAACUUGUGAUAUUUUAUGGAAUGAGGAAGCCGCUCGAAGUGACAAUGAUUAGCGUGUUAAAUGCGACAGCUGCUAAUUUUUUAGAAACAAUGUAAUACAAAUUAGUCUCAAUAAAAUAUUUCUUUAGAAGUUCAAUGGAGAGUUUGCGAGUGCCAGCGUCUAGUUUAGAUCCAAAGCAUAAUCUAUUUCGUUUGCAAAAGAUCUAUCUUAUUGCUAUCGUGCUGGUAAUGAUAGGCAUCUUACAACUGGUGAUACUGAAGGCGAUGCACAUUAAAUUGAUUGACUCGGUGCCCGUGCCGAAUUUCAUGUAUAUGGUCAUUGCAUUGGUCUGCAUUGUGCUGAUGGUAUACACCGAACUUUUCAACGAAUAUCCCGUCAACUGGACACUUGGAAUUGUCGCAGUGGAGUGCGUAACGUUGUGCACAAUCUCUUCGAAAUGGAAUCAUUUGCCAGUGUUAUAUGCAAGCAUUGUCUUAGGUGUUGUUCUAAUCGUUAACAUAAUGCUGUAUAUGUUGGGUGCAUGUCUGCCAUUGAUCUUGUUGCCUGGAUAUUAUGGUAUACUGUUCAUAACGAUUGUGUUUAUCAUCAUGUACAUAUUCCUCAGCAUAAUUGUAUUUAUCUUAUCCAGUCCCAAUCUUAUGGUAAUUAUUGAUUUAUGGACACUUGCAUAUAUGCUUCCACUCACCGUCUAUGCCUCCACAUUGAUACAUCAUCGUCGUUUACCUAAUAUGCCAUCUGACGAAUACAUUCUAUCAGCCACGGUUCUGGCGACUUUCUUUUUAUUUAUGAUCUAUCUGGUUACGUCGAGUACCACUUAUAUUUGUCGAAUGGUAGGUUGUUCCUUAUUUGAUAAGUAUCAACAGCGGAGAGCACAUUAAAUAUCAUUACCAACAUUUUUUGCUGCGAUGUGGAUUAAGCCAAUUUCACAGAAUUCUUGUCAGUUUUGAGUAGCGCUUUAAGAUAACCACUCAAAAUGGAAUCCUUCGCAACGGUAUCGCAAACAAUUCACAAAUGGAAUUUAUGAAAUUAACAUAACUUCAGGCAAUAUAGAAAUAGACAUUUCUAUUUGAAUUUUACGCUUUAAGUGGGCAGUGAAGUGAGCAAAAAUAUUCCACCAAAAAGGAUAACAAAAAUGAACUCGCCUGCAAAUUGUACGAAACAUUUAUGUGUUUUAGCUUCAGGCGCUAUUUAUAUACAUUCAUAUAUAUUUGCCUUGUGUAUUCAGCCAGAAAUUCGUUGAUAAAAAAAGACAAAAAACUUGAAACCCACCCAAAAAAAGAGACGAGCAAACAAAAGUUGUCCCCAUAAUGUAGCCGCAUAAUCCCGGCGAAAACGGAAACGGAAAUGGAAACGAACCAGAAUUUCGUCCCUGUCGUCAACCCAGACAU